AUGGCGCCCCCAAACACGACCAAAGACAAACAGGACCAGAUAUCCUUCCUUGAGCGCUUCCAAUACUUCAAUGGCAUUCUAGUCUUCAUCAUGGUCUACAUGGCCUUCUGCGCCUUCAAUUUCGGUUUCGAUGUCGGAACGUUUAGCGGCGUACAGGCUAUGGCGCCAUUCGUGCAGAAGUUCGGUCACUACGAUGCACAGAGCGACGAGUAUGUGCUGGCUGGCUGGUUGCGCUCCAUCAUGACGGCGACACCAUUCAUUGGCAAGGCCUUGGGUGCCAUAUCCUGCGGCAUGAUUGCAGAACGCUGGGGUCGUCGCGCUGCCAUCUUGGGUCUCUGCAUUGUCUCGUUCAUUGGUGUAGCGUUGCAAACCUCAGCGGUCGAGUCCGCGCAGUUUACUAUUGGACGCAUCAUUACCUACGCUAUGACGGGCAUGGCCGUCGUUGUCGUCCCAAUCUACCAGUCUGAAGUCGCUCCCCCUCAGCUGCGCGGAAUGUUCGCCUCCACGAUUCAAGGCAUGAUCGUUCUCGGGCAAGUCAUUGCGGCUGUCAUCUCAUACGGCACCCAGCGCCUCUCGACCGAUGCAGCUUGGCAGAUUCCGAUCGGCCUCCAGCUCGUGAUGCCCGGUCUGAUCUUUGUGCUGCUGCCGAUCUUGCCGGAAUCUCCCCGAUGGUUGUUGAGCCAGGAUCGAUAUGAUGACGCUGCCAAAAACAUGCGAAAGCUGAGAAAGAAGGCGACGGAAGAGGAAGUCAGCUUCGAACUCGAGAGCCUCCGACAUGUCGAUGCCAAUUCCCACAAGGGCAGCUGGGCAGAAGUGUUCGACAGUAAGAAUAGGCUCCGUACCGGUAUUGCAGUGUUCGCAAUGUUUGGGCAACAGAUCACGGGCCAAGCAUUCCCCUCGCAGUAUGGCGUUGUUUUCUACCAGUCGCAGGGCUACGCGAGCGAAUCCUUCCUUUUCAACAUCGUGCAGAACAUCGUCUCACUGGUGGCCGUCCUACUGGCCUUGCUCGUUGUCGACAGCAUGGGACGUCGAACGAUGCUCCUCUGCGGUGGCUCGCUAAUGGGCGUCUUCAUGCUCAUCCUCGGUGGCUUGGGCACCAACCCCAACACACUCUCGCAAUCCGGGAAAGAUACAAUGGUGGCGUCAUUGAUGUUGUUCCAAUUCUUCUUCAACAUUUCGUGGGCGCCAGUAGCCUACGUCGUUGUAUCCGAAGCGGCUGCCUCGCGAGUCAAGGAGAAGACCAACCUUUUGGCCAUCGUCGUGUCCGUGCUCACCACGUUCGUCACCUCCUUCACGGUGCCAUACCUGAUCAACGAAGAGUAUGCCAACCUCGGCGGCAAGCUGGGCUACAUCUACGGCGGCAUCAACGUCCUGAUGGUCAUUGGAGUCUUCUUUAUCAUUCCGGAGUUGAAGAACCGGAGUCUGGAAGAGGUCGAUCAGCUCUUCGCCAGUGGAGCUCCGUUGAGGACGUUUUCCAAGAUCACUACUCAGAACGCGGAGCAGCUGUAUGAGAAAGAUGCUUUGUCUAAACCGCAUGGCGUUGUUGAGCUUAGGGAGGACUCGGAUGGGACGGGAAAGAACUAG